ACGGGUCUGGGUCUCUGCGCUGAGCAUUUCGCCCGGCAACCCUCUUCCCAGCCUCGAAAGAAGGACCCUUCGUCAUCCUCGUCCCAGCGCCCUAAAGCCUACCGCCCAAACCGGCGGAUCGGCGGGAACCGGAAGUGUGCGCACCCGGGACGGUCCCCGGUGAACGCCGCCGGAAGUCGUGAUUGCCAGGGGAUUCCCUUCGCUCAGCAUGGCGGCCAUCCCCCCAGACACCUGGCAGCCGCCCAACGUCUACCUGGAGACUAGCAUGGGAAUCAUCGUUCUGGAGCUGUACUGGAAGCACGCGCCCAAGACCUGCAAGAACUUUGCGGAGCUGGCUCGGCGGGGCUACUACAAUGGCACCAAGUUCCAUAGGAUCAUCAAGGACUUCAUGAUCCAAGGCGGUGACCCGACAGGCACAGGUCGAGGUGGCGCAUCUAUUUAUGGCAAACAGUUUGAAGAUGAGCUUCAUCCAGACCUGAAGUUCACUGGGGCUGGGAUUCUCGCAAUGGCCAAUGCAGGCCCAGACACCAAUGGCAGCCAGUUCUUCGUGACCCUGGCUCCCACGCAAUGGCUGGACGGCAAGCAUACCAUUUUUGGCCGAGUGUGCCAGGGCAUAGGGAUGGUGAAUCGAGUGGGCAUGGUGGAAACAAACUCCCAGGACCGUCCUGUGGAUGACGUGAAGAUCCUUAAAGCGUACCCGUCUGGGUAGAUGAGAUGCUGUCUCUGUCACACCCAGGUCCUAGUGAGCUGUUUUCCGGAUGACGUAGGGUGCUGUGUGACUCAGUGUCAUGCAUACCUACUCUGAAGCAGAGGGUCAUCUCUGGGGACCUUUGUAUUCUGGCCAACAGUCACAGACUUGAAAAGCGGGCCACAUCGAUGAGUGCGCUAGCUGCACAGCCCGGCUCAGCCUCCAGUGUGAGUUCUUCCAGGAAUAUGCACGGCUCUCCCUCUCUCCCUCUGAGCCUGAGCAUCAAUACUGCUGCUUCUGACACUAAACCUCCCUCGCAAAGCCAUACUGAAAUUGUUGCCAAAUGAAAAAUGCACCCAACAAUCAAGUUGCUAAGAAGGUGUCAAGUAGGGAUGAUGAUGUGUAAUGAUUGGGCAAUGAAUCUUUGAGAGGAAGCAGGAGCGUUGGCCAUUUUUCCCGGGAGGGAGUGGGAGUCUAGUGACCAGGCCUUCUCAGGCCUCCCCACAGGAAGUGACACGUUUUAGGGCUUUAGAGAAAAUAGGUAAGUGGUUUUUGUACAUGAUGUCUUUGGUUUUUUUUACUCUUUGGAUUCGAAGUGGGGGGGGGGCAAGAAGGGUGUUAAUACCUAUGUAAUACAUAGAAACUUCCAGAAUAAAACACCACUGAUGGCUGAAAUCAC